CCUCUAUAUCUGCAGUGCACACGGUGAAGCAUCAGUCACCAGACAGCAAGACGUCCGUCGGCGCUUUUCUGAACAAUGAAUCAAGAAAUAGUUGAGAAUAUUGUCCUCCUGGUGAUAGUUACGUUGAUCAGUGUGCUCCAGAACAUGUCUUUUGCAUAUAAAGUGGAAAAUGAAUCCAAGAAUCAGCAAUCCAAGACCUUCCAGAGAACUGGUUCACCUGCCUUUGAGAAAGUGUACACAGCAAACCAAAACUGCACUGAUGCAUACCCCACAUUCCUAGCUGUGAUGUGGUGCGGUGGUGUCCUCUGUAGCCAAGCGCCUGCAGCCUUUGCUGGACUCAUGUACUUGUUUGUUCGGCAGAAGUACUUUGUCGGGUACCUAGGAGAGAAGACACAGAGCACUCCUGGAUACAUUUUUGGAAAACGCAUUAUAUUUUUUCUGUUCGCCAUGAGCCUGGCCGGGAUCCUGAACUAUUACUUUGUGAUCUUCUUCGGAAAUGAUUUGAAGGAUCAUAUGAGUGUAUUCAGUAAGAUUCUCUCCUCCUUACUGCUUAUACCGUAAUUCUGAAGAUUGUUUUUCUUCCAUUAAUGUUAAAAUAAAGGCUUGCUAUACACUGAGACAUGUAAGAAGAUGUCAUUGUGGAAGUCGGUAAGAUGAGUUCCAUCACUUGUUGGUAUACAGUGAGCCUUCAAUAUAAAGCAUAUGAAUCGCUUUUUUUGUCCAACACUUCGUUUUUUAAUCCAAUGUAUCUAAAAAAAAAUAAAAGUGACUUGUGCAAAGAGUCUUGGGUAAAGUAUAUCCUACAGUUUUGUGUCUAUAGUUUCUAUUCAGAUAUAUACGUGUUUUCAUGACUACAGAUGACAAAGCCUUUUAUAGUCUGAUCCUGUGGAUAACUCAUUGAUCCCAAUAAUUGGCUUUAUCCAAAUAUGUAUAUGACUGUGUUUUUGCCAAUGUGAUGUGUUUGUCAUGAAGAAAAUAAAUUCUUACU